AUGGCUGUGGGCUUCGAGUCCUUGGACCAUGAGAGACCAGGGCCAGCUGUCCCAUGCCAGGGCCCUCCACCAGGGGUCUCAGCCUGUCGGGAGCCCCCAGCCUUGGCCUGCACAAGACCCCCAGAGAAAGCAGUGCUUCCAUCUGGUUUGGAGGAGAAGCCCUGCCAGCCCCUCAGCUGGCCCCUUAGUGGGCCUCACCCGAGACAUAACAGCUGCCGCCCGAGAGUCCUGUCCCAGCGGCCAGAAAAUCCCAGCCCUUCUCCAGGCUACAAUGACCCUUUGCAAGGCUUGGCAACCAAAAGCCCUGGGUCUGAAGCAGACUGGCCAGUAGCCACUGAUAAACCUGGAAAACAAGGCCUAGAGACCUGGGUGCCUUCCCCCUGUGACACAGUAAAAUAUCAACCUCGUGUCUGCCCAGCCCCAAAUCUGUGCUUCUUCCACCUGCCCACCCUCCCACCCCUUUCCCCGUGGGCUACCAGCUCCACUCACCGGCUCUCCUGGCCUCCUGUCUCCCCAGCCUCCAGCUGCGGGGUGCCCAGCUUCCCGCCCAACCUAUCCACCCGCGUGGUGGGAGGAGAGAAUGCCCGGCCCCACAGCUGGCCCUGGCAGAUCUCCCUCCAGUACCUCAAGAACGACACGUGGUGGCAUACGUGCGGCGGGACCUUGAUUGCCAGCAACUUCGUCCUCACCGCCGCCCACUGCAUCAGCAACACCCGGACCUACCGUGUGGCCGUGGGAAAGAACAACCUGGAGGUGGAAGACGAAGAAGGAUCCCUGUUUGUGGGUGUGGACACCAUCCACGUCCAUGAGAAAUGGAACACCCUUCUGUUGCGCAACGACAUUGCCCUCAUCAAGCUUGCAGAGCACGUGGAGCUGAGUGACACCAUCCAGGUGGCCUGCCUGCCAGAGAAGGACUCCCUGCUCCCCAAGGACUACCCCUGCUAUGUCACUGGCUGGGGCCGCCUCUGGACCAAUGGCCCCAUUGCUGAUGAGCUGCAGCAGGGCCUGCAGCCUGUGGUGGAUCAUGCCACGUGCUCCAGGAUUGACUGGUGGGGCUUCAGGGUGAAGAAAACCAUGGUGUGCGCUGGGGGCGACGGCGUCAUCUCAGCCUGCAAUGGGGACUCCGGCGGCCCACUGAACUGCCAGUUGGAGAACGGUUCCUGGGAGGUGUUUGGCAUCGUCAGCUUUGGCUCCUCGCAGGGCUGCAACACCCGCAAGAAGCCGGUAGUCUACACCCGGGUGUCCGCCUACAUCGACUGGAUCAACGAGAAAACGCAGCUGUGAUUUGUUGCUGGGAGCAGCGGUAGCGAGUCUCUGCAACAGCAAUAAACUUCCUUCUCCUGGGGCCACCUG